AUGCCUAAAAAAACAAGUUUUUUUAACUCUCUCAUGCACAAUCUAGUUCAUAUCUUUGAAAAGACAUGUGAAUUGAACUUUAGGCAGUUAGUCAAAGAUAAUGUAAGGUGUGGACCUGACAAUUUAAUUGUGGAAGAAAAGGCCCUAUUAGGGGAUAUUACAAAUGAUAAGAAUAUUUGGUUAAUGAAACCUGAUAAAGGUCAUGGUAUGGUCAUUAUGGAGAAGGUAGAUUAUUGUAGCACUAUGAAUACGGUCCUCAUGGAUGGAACAUACACUGAGGUUUCCAAAAGCAAAAUUAAUAUUUCAUAUAUGAAAAUUGAUAAUAUGCUUGAUGAUAUGUUGUAUCAGGGUGAGGUCAACAUGGAAGAACAUGACUAUAUGAAAAAUGAGAAUGAUCACUACAGAAUCAUACUAAAGGCAGAAGCAAACCAGAAUAAUUCAGACUACGUAAAUGCAAGCCCAAUUAUGGAUCAUGACCCAAGGAACCCUGCAUACAUUGCUGCACAAGGUCCACUGGCUGAAACUGCUGCUGAUUUCUGGCAGAUGGUCUGGGAGAACGGCUGUGUUGUUAUUGUCAUGCUGACACCCCUUACAGAAAAUGGAGUCAAGCAGUGCCAUCCCUACAGGCUGGAAGAAGGUUCAGACCGCUACCACAUCUAUGAGGUAAACUUAGUCUCUGAGCACAUCUGGUGUGAGGAUUUCCUUGUAAGGAGUUUCUACCUUAAAAAUGUGCAGAGCAAUGAGACACGCACAGUGACACAAUUCCACUUCCUUAGCUGGCAUGACAAGUCUGUCCCUCCCUCUCCUAGGUCACUGCUAGCCUUCUUCAGGAAAGUUAACAAGUGCUACAGGGGCCGUUCAUGUCCAAUAAUUGUCCACUGCAGUGACGGUGCAGGAAGAAGUGGAACAUGCAGUCUGAUUGACAUGGUUCUCAAUAAGAUGGCCAAAGGUGCUAAAGAGAUUGAUAUUGCUGCUACCCUAGAGCACUUAAGGGACCAGAGGCCUGGCAUGGUCCAGACAAAGGAGCAUUUUUAAUUUGCCUUGACAGCAGUUGCAGAAGAGGUGAAUGCAAUACUUAAAGCCCUCCCACACUAAGUGCAGUAAUUAUCAAUAACUGCUCUGGGACCUUCCUUCAUUUUUGUUUUAUCCUUGCAGUUUUUGUGAAUG